ACUAUAUGACGAAUGUCGCAGCCGCAUUGGUGGUAGACUGAGAAAACCACCGAUGCGAAGACUUUCCCGGAAACCCUUUUCCGUCACUGCUCCGAAUCGUCCGCGUAGCUCUUCAAAAUGCUUCCGUCUGCACAAAGACGACACCUUUUUAUCGUCGGAAGGUUCAAAAGGCUCGCCUUUACCAAGUGUUCGGUGGCUGUUCAGUGGUGGUGGCACCACCAGUUCGCUUCCUCCACCGGAGUGGAUAGAGCCCUUCAACGACGUCUCCGAUCUCGUGAAAUCGUCUCGUAGCCUCAAGCCGUCUCCCUGGGUGAGUCAAAUUCUCAACCUUUUAGAUGGUUCGGAGUCGAUGGAGUCAAACCUCGACGCUUUCUGCCGUAAGUUCCUCAUCAAGCUAUCUCCGAGUUUCGUCUCUUUCGUGUUGAGAUCCGACGAGGUUGUUCGCGAGAGAGGACAGCAGCACGUUGUCGCUUGGCGGUUCUUUAAUUGGGCUGGUAAGCAGAAGAAGUACGCGCAUACGCUCGAGUGUUACGUCUCAUUGGUUGAUGUUUUGGCUAUGGAGAAAGAUGUGGAUAGGAUUAGGUCUCUCUGUGGAGAGUUGAGGAAGAUGGAGUUUGCUUUGAGUGUUUGUUCUGCGAAUGAGCUGAUCAAGAGCUUUGGGAAGCUUGGUAUGGUGGAGGAGUUGCUGUGGGUGUGGCGCAAGAUGAAGGAGAAUGGGAUAGAGCCCACUUUGUAUACUUACAACUUCUUGAUGAACGGAUUGGUCAGCUCGAUGUUUGUUGACUCCGCAGAGCGUGUUUUCGAGGUUAUGGAGAGUGGGAGGAUCAAGCCAGACGUGGUGACGUAUAACACGAUGAUUAAAGGUUAUUUCAAAGCGGGGAGGACGCAGAGAGCUGUGGAGAAGGUUAGGGAUAUGGAGACGAGAGGUCUCGAGGCUGAUAAGAUUACUUACAUGACUGUGAUCCAGGCGUGUUAUGCUGACAGUGACUUCAGCUCUUGUGUGGCUUUGUAUCAAGAGAUGGAUGAGAAGGGGCUUGAGGUUCCGUCUCAUGCGUAUAGUUUAGUGAUCGGAGGGCUUUGCAAGGAAGGGAAGUUGAACGAAGGGUACGCUGUUUUCGAGAGUAUGAUCCGUAAAGGUGUUAAACCGAACGUGGCUAUAUACACUGUUUUGAUUGAUGGUUAUGUGAAGUUCGGAAGCGUUGAAGACGCGUUGAGGCUUUUAGAGAGGAUGAUGAGAGAAGGGUUUGAGCCUGAUGUGGUGACUUAUUCGGUUGUCGUGAACGGUUUGUGCAAAAACGGGAGAGUGGAAGAGGCGUUGGGGUAUUUCGAGGCUUGCCGGUUCAAAGGGUUGGCUAUCAACUCGAUGUUUUACUCUAGUCUUAUAGACGGGUUAGGAAAAGCGGGUCGAGUAGAUGAAGCUGAGAGGCUUUUCGAAGAGAUGUCUGAGAAGGGAUGCACUAGAGACUCGUACUGUUACAAUGCCUUGAUAGAUGCGUUCACAAAGUGUGGGAAGGUUGAGGAAGCGUUGGCGUUGUUUAAGAGGAUGGAGGAAGAAGAAGGCUGUGAUCAAACGGUUUAUACGUACACUAUACUCAUAUCAGGAAUGUUUAAAGAGCGUAGAAACGAAGAGGCGUUGAAGCUCUGGGAGAUGAUGAUAGACAAGGGUAUUACACCGACCGCAGCUUGCUUCAGGGCUUUGUCGACUGGACUUUGUUUGUCGGGGAAAGUGGGGAGAGCAUGUAAGAUACUGGAUGAGUUAGCUCCGAUGGGUGUGAUUCUUGAUGCAGCGUGUGAAGAUAUGAUUAACACGUUGUGUAAAGCUGGUAGGAUCAAGGAAGCUUGUAAGUUAGCUGAUGGGAUCACUGAGAGAGGGAGAGAAGUGCCUGGGAGGAUCCGUACUGUUAUGAUAAAUGCUUUGAGGAAAGUUGGGAAGUCUGAUUUGGCUAUGAAGCUGAUGCACAGCAAGAUUGGGAUUGGGUAUGAGAGGAUGGGUAGUAUUAAGAGGCGUGUCAAGUUUAGAACUUUACUUGAUAGCUUUGAUCAUCAUGACUUUUAAAGCGUUAAUGUUUGUUCUUUUCCUAAAUAUAGCUUCCGGUUUGGC